AUGGUUGAAGAUUUUCUUCCUGUCCUCGAACGCAUGCUCGGGAAUACGCAGGAGAACGUGGCCUGGAGGCCAAUGUCUCCAUCUUCCAAGUUCCGCGUCGUACCCCCCGGCAGUAUCGAUUCGCGUCCUACCCCUCGUUCGGUACUAGAGGCUCUGCAUCUUCUCGGCCCUGGGGAUUGCCUUGCCCCGUCACUUGUCCUAGAGGGCUGCGCUGCCCACACCAACCUGGAAGAUACGGGAAUAGUCACUCGUUGGAAGCAGCGAGUCGCUGCUGUCUCAACUGCGGCCAAGCAAGUGCUUACCGGUCGCCGGUCGAUCGUCAUCGGUCAGCGGUUCGCUGGCAACCACCGACUUUUCAUUCUCGAGAUUGCGGCAUGGCCGGUCAAUCCUAGCUACCCCAGGCGAGCAGGGCACGGCCCGGUUCCAUGGCUUUCCUGGGAGCGAGCUGUUACCGUUUCGACAUUUUCCGCUGGCAAUAUGUUGUGCUCUCUGGGCACCAGCCGUCGUUUUCCUUGUCAGGACGUUGAACAGCUUGCUAUUUCUCCUGCUUUCGUUACUUUCGAGCUUUCGCAAAACCCUCGGUCGUGGCUGGCAAGUAGGUGCCAGGGUUACGGGCCGGAUUACAUCCAACUGGUUGCUCCUCUCUGCACGUCGCCGCCCGCGUCGUCGUACGGCGAGGACUUCUAUCGAGUUGCAUCUCGCUCUAGAAUGCAGCUGACCGAUGGUUUGUCGUUUAGUACGACGACCAGCGCCAAUAGUAAGAUGGAGCGAAUCCUGCUGAAUCCCGCGCUCUGUGCCGGCCACGAUGUUCCAUAUUGUCUCGAUGGCUUCGCUGUCAAUCACUUCAUAAGGCUGACUGCACGAUGCUCGAUGGGACUGGGGAGGGAAACAUGGAAGACGAGAUUGAAGAGGGCGACAAGGUGUUCCAAACAUAACAGCAAAGUAAUAUGGAUUCAUUUGUUCGCAACAAUCACAUAUCUCACGCUGGAAAGGCCGGCGAUGAACAGAUGCGAUGCCACCCUCCUUCUGGGGCCGCCUACCACCCCAAGAUCCCUCCGGAGAAGUCUCCCGCCCCCCCUCGAGAAGAAUUGUACUUUUGAAAGUCACAAAAGCCAUUUGCCUGCACGACCAGACAGGGGCCAGGUUGGCUUUUUGCACCGCCGCAACAUGCAUACACAGCACCGCACCGCACCACACACACACACGACCACUUCCAUUACCACCCUCCACCUGUCAUUGUCCAUGGGUACUGUAUUGGGUACGGGCACAAUCAUCAGCUGGUCCAAGAUGGCCCCGACUCGCUUGCUUUUGUUUGUCCUACGCGCAGAUCCAGAACAACAUACAUACAAGCCAGUCCUCGGUCUCUGCCCAUGUCUCCAGAUGGCAUCUAUUAUUCCUUCCCCCUUUGUCCUUGGGCUCAUUCCCCCGGUCAUGGAUCUCCUUCCCAGUCACGUCACUCGUUAA